UGCUCUUAUGAUCAUUGGUGUUUCAAAUAAUUAGGCAGCCAUUCUGUGACAUACUGUUGUUUCUGUGGGUAAUAUUACUGUGAAUUUUCAGAAAUAGUAAUAUCUGGCUAGAGGAAGACCUUAGGUGACCAGCAGAAGAUAUAACAUCUCUAACCCAACAAUUCAGAAGACAUAAGAAUUAGUGCCAACAUACAAGAUGAAAAUCUACUUUACUCUUUGGAUCUUUUUUUGCACAGAUGGUUUCACAGCAGUUCUUUGCAGUAAUAAAAAGAUUGCCACAGAAGGUGCAACCAUAACUGUAACCUGCCUCUAUGAUAUAAGAAACUACAAGUUUAGCAAAAAGUACUGGUGUAAGGGAAGUUCCGAAAUGACUUGUGAUAUUUUAGGAGACACAAAGAAGUUUGUAAAGUGGAACUACAAAAGCAGAUUGAUACUCAAUGACAGCAGGAGAGGAACUUUUUUGGUCAUCAUGAAGCAACUGAUGACUAAUGAUUCAGGAAUGUAUUGGUGUGGAAUUGACCGACCCUACAGAGAUGUAAUGACUGCAAUGCAACUGGAGGUUAAUAAAGCUCCUGAAAAACACAAGAACUUGAAAACCACUACCUCUUCUACUACCUUCUCUUCAGCUGAAGUUACUACAGCUUUCCCAGUCCAUUCCACAUCUAAUGCAAGUGUGUCUCUCCCAUCCAAUUCCAUCUGCCAUCAUAACGUUAAGGAAAUACACAUUAGAAAUUGGCAUCUCAUUCCAUGGGCCUUUCUGCGCUGGUUGAUCCUAGUUAUUCUCAUAACUACUUUUAUCGUGACCUGUUGAGUAAACAAAAAGGCAAGUUUACCGUUAGUUGAUAGCUUCCUUGUCUUUAGAUCUCAGGAUGUAAGAAAAUAAAUAUCUAUUUGAUACAACUAAUCUAAUGGAGCUGUGUAUAGAUCAAAUAAAAGAUCCAACAUCCAUGCUGCUGAAGAACGCUAUAAUUUGUUGGGCAAAUUUAAAUUGAAAUAAAGGGAAUUUUUUUCCUUACACCCUGAGAUUGUAGUUUCCCCUUCAAAAUUAGAUGUAUUGGAUGUGCCAAUUCCUUUUGACUUCAAGAACUUCCAGAUUGACAGUUUCUACUACUGUUUAUCAAGUAAUUAGUUAAUCUAUCAUCCCUUCCUGAAAAGGUUUUAUGUAUUAAAAGACAGAAGAAGGAAGAGGAAAAGCACUUGUGAACAAUUCAUUUGUCAGACUAUCAGGUAUGAAUAUAGUGAGCAAACCUGAGUAAAUGAAGCUGUAUUGAAGGCAUCUAGAUGGGACCAAUCAUUCUUAAAAUAAUACAUUUAGUAAAAAAAAUACACUCAGUUGACUCAUUCAUGCAUAUCAAGGUCAGGGAACUUUUGGCCUACUGGAUAUGGUGAGCUCCCAGAAGCUGGCUCUGCCAUCUAAUUCCCCAGCUUACUGACUUCUCCAGUCAACAGAGAUCAACAAGAACAAGCUGAAUUAGCCAAAUGAGUUGGAUUUUUUUUUUAGGGGGGAAGAGAAGGGCAAAUCAGUUUAAAUACAACAGAGUUUAAACAAUUUAAAUUUAAACUAUGCCACCCUGGAACCCUGAUAAUCAGAAAUUAGAAA